AUGAGCGAUAUGGAGAUUGACGAUAAUUCGGAAGUGGAAUAUAUGAAUAUAGAAGAAAAUAAUAAUAAUAUUUCAAAUCCUUCUUUCCUUCCUCUUCCAACGCAUAUAGAUUCAGUUAUUUUAGAAACGAAGCCAUAUCACUCUCUCGUUUCGUCAUACGACUUUUCAAAGCCAUUAUCAGCCACUGCCGGUAUUAAGAAAAAGUAUUUAGCUAGAAAGAAAGAUGCAUCAAUCUUAAAUCCAAUCAAAGUUUCGAACUCUGAUAUUAAUGAAGCAGAAACUUCAGAACCUCUCGUGAUAAACUCUGAUUUUAAUGUAGUAGAAUCUUCACAACCACCCGUAACAAGCCCUGAUAAUAUUGUAGUAGAACCCUCACAACCUCCCGUUGCAAGCUUUGAUCUUAAUGUAGUAGAACCUUCACAACCUCCCGUUGCAAGCUCCGAUCUUAAUGUAGAAGAACCUUCACAACCUCUCGUUACAAGUAAUGAAAUUGAUACUUUACGAACUUUCGUUUCAAAUUCUGAAGAUCAUAAUUUAAAAUCUUCACAAUCUCUCGUUACAAAUUCUGAUAGUAACGAAGUGGAAACUUCAACUUUCGUUUCAAAUUCUGAAGAUCAUAAUUCACGAUCUCAGUUUAUUCCAGAAGAGGAACUUUUUGAAAACCGAAUUAAUCUAGUGAAAAAGGAGCACUCAAAGGGUAACGACUUCUCGCUUCUUGAAAGUCCUCAUUCUAUUCCUCCAACUAAUAAUCAACCAUCAGAUCAACGCAAAGAAACGAAUGUCAGUGAAACAGCCAAAGCUGAUGAGAAGAUUAACCACAUCUCCAAUAAGAAGCAAUUUAGCGAAACGACAAAUGAUAUUUCAAAACCCGAUGCUGUAUCACCACAUACCAAUGAUGCGCCAACGCAUAGCAUGGGACAUAUUUUUAGUAAUCCGCACAUACAACCCGUAUUAGGCAGACUUCGUAAAAAAUCUAAGUACGAUAAUGUUGGAUUUGGUUGGGCAAAUCAAACUUUUGACAUUCAAAAAGCUGUCGAGCCGACUCCUUGCUAUUCUAAUUCAAAAAACGAACUAUAUGAUAAACAAAAAGCAGGGGAUAAAAUUCAAAAUGGUGUCAGUCAGAGCGGCCAAAAUGAUUAUGAAGGAACAGGAGAGUCUCCUGGUCAAGAAGUUACAGUUACAUCUCAUCUUGAUAUUAACAAAGGUUCUGACAUUGACGCCAAAGGAACAUCCGCAUCAGAUGUCUUACAAAAAGAUAAUCAAAUUAAAAAUGUAAAGGAAUGUAAAUGUCUAAAUAUAAUCGGUGGGUUGUUGGGAAUGGGAUUUUAUUCGUGUCAUUGUGACGCUUCAAAAUAUGAAAAUGUCGAUUUCGACAAUAUUCUUAAGGAAGAAAUCCCUGAUAAAACAAAACCAAUACCAGCUAAGAAGAGUAAGCACUUCUUUUCUUCCUUUUUCGGACUUUUUGGUUAUGAAACUGAUGAUGAUGACCACGACAAGACAAAACUUGAUCAUAAUCCAGAGCAUUCUUCCAGAUGGAAUAAUAAAAGAAAUCCGGAUGUAAGAUCACUCGAUCCACUAGCACCUUUGGAAUCAGAUCGUCCUUAUUCACAUCAACAUACUAGUACAAAUUCAUCAACGAAUUCAAACCCACAUACUUAUGGAAAUUCACCAUUUUAUAAGUCAUACGCAAGUGCCUCGCAGAGCUCAAGCUCAUCCCAAAAUUCCAGUUGGCAAGAUAACAAUAUUCGUUAUGGUUCUUCACAUAUGAGAAGUAAUUGUCAACAAGUAACCUCACUUCUUCCCCCGAAAGUCAUGCGUCUACUCAUAUUGUCUAUAUCAUUUGAUUCUAAUGAACAUCCGAACCUUGAUAAAGGUCAUUCAACAUAUUAUCAUUCCAUUUUUCAUAACUUCAAAAGUCCUAGAAUAGAUACUGAUAAGGCAUUAAAUUUUAUUUAUGAUUGUAUCAUAAACUGUUGGGCCAACUCAUGGAAGAAAUUCCGUAGUAGGUUUGAGAGUGAAAUAUUAAAUAUCAUUCUCAUACGACCUUCAUGUCCAACGUAUGUCGUUCAAAACUUUCACGGUCUUGGCAUUGCUGUUGCAAAAGGUUCUUAUAGAGAAGGUUGGAAACAAGAAUUUAGCAAUAUGUUGAGAGAUGUAAUUACAAAGGCAUAUCGUCCUAAUAAAUACGGAAAUGAUGAUAUAUUAUUUUAUAAUAAAGACGAACCAUACUAUGAGUUUACCAAUUUUUAUAGAGCCAAGAUCAAAAUAGAUCGGGUAGAAUGGCCAACAACAGAACAUUACUUCCAGGCCGCGAAAUUCGAAAGCGAAUAUAUUCGCGAUAAAAUUCGUUUCGCUUUUACGGCUCGCGAAGCUUUCUCUAUUGCGCGGAGUCAUAAUUCUUUCAAGCGUGAGGACUGGGAAUUGCCUAAGCCACCGGAUAACGAUAUCUUUAAAGAAACAAAAAUGAAGCAUGCACUCUUUUCAAAAUUUACACAACAUGAUAAAUUGAAGUACAAACUACUUUCAACAGGCAAGGCAAAAAUUUACGAGCAUACAGAAAAUGAUCGGUAUUGGGGAGAUGGAGGAAAGUAUGGAGGUGGCCUUAAUAGGUUGGGAACUAUGUUGGUUGAAACCAGGAAUAUUCUUAUGGAAGACGAGAAAUCAAUACUGAUAAAAAAACACAAACCUCAACCAUCCGAAAGGUGGAUUGUAUCUGAAUUGAAGGAAUUGCGAGUGUAUGAUGAUUUGAUACACUUUGAAUAA